AUGUCAGCGUCCGCGUCACCGUCGCCCAUCCGCAUCAAGAUGCGGGAAACCAAGGACACGGAUAAGAACUACACGCCCCUCACCGGCGACGAAGUGCGUUGGUACUAUUCGACCAAGCCCUUCUCCAAAGCAGUCCCCGAGGUGGUGUCCAAGGGCGACUUCUACCGCUUCUGCGACGCGGACUCCCGCGCGAUCGAGGCGGCGUUCCAGCAGGACCGCCACGAGAUCGAGCGCGCCUGGUGGGCCGAGGUGGCGGAGAUGUCACUGGGGCCCGACCCGGGGAAACAAAGCAGCGCGAAGCGCGGACCGAUCGCAGAGGGCCAGGACCCCCGCCCCCCGCAGCAGGACGCGGCCACCCACGACCCCUCCCGGAGUCCCCCGGAGGACGACGCGCCGACCGUGGCCGUCAAGGGCGGGCUGAGCGACGUGCACCUCCCCGACCGCCGCCUCACGGACUCGUACUGGCCGGGCCCCGCGAAGCGCGUCCUGCGCGGCACGUGGUUCGUGGAGCGCGGGUCGCGCGAGUGGAUGCCGCUGCGGGAGGACAUCGCCGAGCAGCUCGAGGAGGCGUUCCGGAACCGCGUGUGGCGGCCGAGCAGCGGGAUGGUGCGGCUGCGGUCGAGCGGGAUCUACGCCGCGCGGGUGCAGCUGACGAGCUCCGCGCGCGCCACGGGGGUGCAGCACCUGCACGCGCUGUUCGCGGGCGUCGACGAGAUGUUCUUGUGCUACGAGGACGCGUACAGCAAGCUGCGGCGCGCAAUCAGCUUCCGCGGGGACACCUCGCCGGGCCUGCGGCUGCGGCGCGGGUACAAGCCGCCGGAGAAGGCCUCCGAGGGGGGUUACGAGAGGUCCCCUACGGAGGAGACGGACGAGCUGUGCAGCAACACGCCGGUCAAGCACCUCGUGCUCGUCGUGCACGGCGUCGGACAGCGCAUGGCGAGCGCGUCGAUCCACCGGGACGCCCAGACGAUGCGGCGCGGCAUCUACGGCGCGAUUCGCGGCACGGUGGGCGAGGCGACGGUGCGUGCUCAGGGGCGCAUCGAAGUGCUGCCCGUGCAGUGGCGGAAGGGGCUGGAGCUGACUGGGGACCGCGUGGUCGGGAAGCUUAUACCUCAUGGUGGCUGGGGGGGUCUCCGGGAACUGGUGACCAUGACCAGCAUGGACGUGCUGUACUAUCUGAGCCCGGCGCACUGCCAGCAGGUCAUGGACUCCGUGACCGGGGCGCUGAACGGCAUGUACAGGCACUUCAAGGCCCGCAACCCGGACUUCGACGGCUCCGUGCACAUCGUGGCGCACUCGCUGGGGUCGGUGGUGUGCUUUGACAUCCUCUCGAACCAGCCCCGGCUCUACUCCCGCAUCCUGCGCGACCUCGAGCAGCAGGUCGCGAAGGCCGCCCGCCAGGCCGACAUGGAGGGUCUGCCGCUGAGCGGCGAAGACAAGAACUUCCUUCUGGACAUGGCGGAUGUCUUGGAGUCUGAGGGGGCGCUGGACGCCGGCAGCGCGCUCGCGGCCGCGCAGAAGGCCGCUGCGAAGCAAGCGCAGGCGAUGGCUGCGGCGCUCGAGGCGGCCGACGCGGAGGAGGCGGCGCAGCGCCAGCGCGGUGCCGGCAGCGAGCAGGGGCGUGUUGUGCGGGUGGAGCUGCUCGCGGUGCCGAUCAAGGGCGGGGAGGAGGUCGUCGUGGUGGCGAUCCGCGCGGCGGGGGACUUCGGGCCGUCUCCGCGCGCGCACGGGCGCACGCCGUCGGCUCUGUUGCCCGAGGAGUGGGACAAAUAUAAACCUCCGCAUGCGGGGGCGAGGGAGAGCGAGAGGGGCCGCGCGGGGCUGCAGCGGCUGCAGGCCGACUUGUCGGAGAUCAGGAAGCAGAUGGACGAGGCUGGCGGCGGCGGCGGGGGCUCGGAGCACAGCGAGGAUGCAGGGGGGGGGUAUUCGUGGUACAACCCAUACCGCUGGUGGGGCGGGAACAGCGCGAAGCAGGACCGCGGGAGCGGCGACGGCGGCGCGGCUGCGGAGGGCUCCGGGAGGGGCGCGGGGUCGGAGUCGGGCGACAAGGAGGAAGCACAGGCAAAAGAGCAGUCGAGCAAACGCGACUCCGAGGAGCAGCCAAGCACCAAGGGUACUCCUGCGAAGCCCGGCGACGGCAGCGACAAAGUGCACCAGGACGGCGAGCCGCCCGAGGACGAGAAGCAGCCGCCUGGUCCAGACUGGCGUUUGGAAGUGGCUCGCGUCCUGAAAUCUCGAGUGCCGCCGGGCAUCGACGAGGCAGACGGCCUGGACGACGCCGCCGGGUCCAGCGACCAGCAGCCACCACGGCCGCCCGUAUCGGCACCCUUUGGCGGUCUCGGGCGCGGUCGCAUCAGAUACAAACCCCUCGACUUCGAAGUGGACCGUGUGUUUUGGAUGGGCUCCCCGCUCGGGCUGUUCCUGGCGAUCCGGGGCUUCUGCCCGGAGGACGGCCACGGUCUCGGGUCCGUCAAGGCCGCGCACACGCUCCCGGCGCUGUUCGGCGGCGUGGGGGACUGCCUCCCUGCGGUGCGCCGCAUGUACAACAUCUACCACCCAUACGACGGGAUCGCGUACCGGCUGGAGCCGCUCGCGGACGCGUCGGCGUCGACGUGGCGGCCGAUGCGUGUGCCGUACUUCCGGGGCGGGAAGCGCAUCCACCACCAGCUGUACGACUUGGCGGAGGGCAUCAGCGAGAAGGCGUCGGCGGUGGGGCGCAGCGUGGUGCAGGGGGCGAGCAGCGUGGGCGCCGGGGCGGCCGCGGCCGCGAGCUACGUCGGGGCCACCUCGCAGUGGAUCUGGGACGCCGUGACGUUCCGCCGGCUGCUGCAGGGGGCCAGCGAGGGCGACGGAGAGUCCAAGAAACAGCUCGAGGCCUUCGAGGAGAGCCACCCCGCCGCCGCCGCGGCCGUGCGCGCGGAGGCUGCCGCGUGGGACGAGCUCGCGACGCGGUACCAGCGCAGCAGCCGCGCGAGCGCGCGUGAGGGUCCUGGCGGCGAGAGGGUCGACGAGGAGGCGCCCGGGACCGACGCGGGACUGCGCAGCGUGACGGACGACGGCACGUCGUCCGAGACCGCGUGGAACCUGACGGUGCGGCUCACAGAGGGGCCGUACGUGGCCCCUGGGGACGCUCAAGGGCGGAUGGACUUCGUGCUGCAGGACUCCCCGACGGAGUCGCAGUAUCUGUCGGCGCUGGGCGCGCACUUUGUGUACUGGGAGCACCCAGACGUGGCGCUCUUUAUUGCGCGUGGGAUCUACGGCCUGGACGUCAUGGACCACAACACGGGCCAGGCCACCGGGGACAAGAAGGACGGCGCCGGGGCCGACGCUGCGCAGGAUGCAGCACCGCCGGAGGCGGUGGCGAUUGCGCAGCCCGGGACGGCGGAGCACGCGAUGGCGGCUGCGGCAGCUGGGACGCCGCCGCGCAAGGGCAUGGCAGGCCUGCUGGACAUGGCAGGACGCACGCGGCGGUGA